CAACCUUAAUAUUCACGAGCGGCAGCCUCGUGCGGAAGUUAAAAGAAAGGGACUUUGCUUUAUUAAUUGAUUAAUCUAAUGUCGACCAACGGUAUAGGCUGGAGUAAAAUCUAUACAGCCGCUUAGCGAUUGUUUUCCCGCGGGAUCCAACUAAAUCGGGACAAACAGGACUGAAUAUCGUCUGCUUGCUAAGUGCACAGUCGGGACUUCAGAGAUUGGAAUUGCUUCUUCCAAAGUGAAGACAGUUUCCGGUCAUAUUGGGAACCACGAACAUAUGUAAGGUCAGAAUAAUUAUACGUAUGUAUAUAACGAAGAUCAGCCAACCGAAUCGGGUCGAUAAGUGCUUGUGUCAAUCAUUGUAAGUUUCUGCUCCAGUGGGAAUUACACUAUUUUGAAUAAAACUGUGUAUUGGAUUUUAUUCCAUCGCUGGAAGUUAAGUUGGAGAAUGUGAAGCUCUGGGAUCGACUAUACUGCCAUUGUGCACAGGAGGCUUACAGAAUUUAUACACUAUGUUUUAACCAAUGCAUUAUUUAUACUUGUUUCAUGCUCAUUCGACGUUGAAUAUUUAGAAUUAUCGGCUGUGUUUGAAAACAACCCCUGUUGCACUGCAAAGAGCCCAGGAUAAUGUGAGGAGAAGGAAUUUACGCUACUUUCCCAGGCAUACGUAACUGCGCAUGGAAACGUAACUUUUUAUGCACUCAGUUGUAAAUCGUUUUGUUUGCAAACAAAUUUACGAGGAUAUUUGAAAAAUAAACUGGAUUCCAGUUAAUCAUGGAGCAAGAAGGUCCCUGGGAAUCUAUGCGAGCUGAACAGGAGAACGGAGAACUGCUUUCCGAAGAUGAAAGAACGGAAGCAUCCAAAGACCCACGAGAAGAGGAGCAACAAGGCAACGUCAAAGAAGUCUGGAUUUCCAUGUCCGAUGGUUCUCGAAGUGAAAAGUGCAGUGACAGAUUCCUGCAUUGCCUAUCUCAAGUGCCAUGUGGUUCCCUGAUAGCAUGGAUAAUACUGCUUGUUGGACUUGGUGGACUAACGGGCGGGCUUUUGAUUGGUGCCCAAAAGACACGAGACAUGCUGGCUAAUGAUGAGUUCUUGUGGUUUAUUGAAUACACCCUUAUUGGUGUGGUGGUCAGUAUGUUUGUAAUCGGUACGCUCCUUCUCUGUGUCGGCCAUAUUUCCACCGAACCCACAAGCCGCCAUGUUUUCCAGAGCACUAAAAAGAACAUAUGUGCUCAGGGGCUCAAUAUAUUCCUGAUGAUAUUCUGUUACAUCCUGGGCUUUUCUUGGAUGGUGGCGUCGGUCGUCCUGGCCGUGCCCGUCUACCUCCUAUCCCUCCUGUACUUUGUAGAUUUCACAACCACUCAAGCCGACGGCAAACUCGUCAAGUGCAUCAAUCUAGUCCAUUAUGGCUUGGAGAAACAAGAAUUUUGCGGCGCUGACUUUCAGAAUUUUGAAAGAGAGGGAAAACAACUAAUCGUCAGCUAUAUUGCAGCACUAGUUUCAUCUAUUUUGAUAGCUAUAAGCUUGAUCCACUUUAUGAUUGCCAUCAGCGCAAAUCUUGCCCACCUUCGGAAUUCUCGCGUUGCUACACUCAAUGCCUAUGAUGAUGACAUGGCCAACUCAAAGCUUGUCGCAGACACCACCAUGUAAGCAAACAACAAGAGUUUACAUGACUAUAAACGAGGCAGCUGUGACAUCAUCAGGUGGAUGGUUUAAUAAAGAAAAUUUAUUUACUGCUGAGGAAUUGCAAAUAGAAGACAUAUUUUUCAAAAUGAGAUUAAAAAUGUACCCCAUGAUAUUACAUCAUUUCGAUUAUUAUAGCUGUUAUACUGGGGUAUUAACAGUAAUAUUGCCUGCUACGAAAACAUUAAGAAACCAAGACACCUUGAUGCUAAAUGAAAAAGACACAGCCUUAAGAAGCACAGAGGAAAUAAGGGCAGCAGCAACAUUUCCUCUUUUUUUAUAUGUAUAUUUUUGAAACAUUCGCUUUAAAUGGAAUUGUGCAAUACAUAGUUUCAUAUAUAUAUAUAUAUAUAUAUAUAUAUAAUUAUGUAUCUAAGAAAAAUUAGAUUGUUGUUGUAAAAUUUGCUUAGAAGGAUAUUUGUAUCAGUAAACAAUAAUAGCAAAUGGCAUUACAUAAUUAGCUUUACAUUAAUACUUACGGUUUAGAACUCAUGCAAAGGACUCGAAAUCGGGAUUCUUCAGGGUUUAAAGAAGAAAAGCAAGGGGGCCAAUGAUAUUUUAAGAAAUUCCAUUAUGCAUUUUGACCAGGAUUUGGUUUACUACUUCAAUAUUUCUAAACUGUUCUAUAAAUUCUCUAUUCCCUCUGCUAUGAUCGUGAUACCACGUACAAAGCAUUUUCCUUUAUCAAAUUCUCGACAAAGAGCAAUAACUCUAUAUGUAAAACAUGAUAUAUCUGCCUUAACUGUGUACAAUGUAAUUAUUAUGUAAAUCAUGAACAAGAACAGACAAUAAUUGAUGAAUGUCUAAAUUUUACAAUAAAUAAACAAAAAUCGUUUUCAUUAGAUUAACUUCUUGCUGUAUAUUUUAAUGUCUUGAAAGCAUCGGCCAUUUUUUAAUUGAUCCAAAGCCAAUGACCUCCAAAAAGUAUUGAAGGACAUUUGUCUCAAUUGGAAUAUAAAACUCCUCAGACUUAAAGUGCAUUAUUAAAACAAUCAGACGUGUACAAUUUAACAAAACAAUUUAAAGUGAGGUUAAGUGCAAAACGCGUUUUGUACAUAUAGUAACAUGUGAAAUACGUGUUCGUUGUUGUAUUGUCAGCUAAAGGCAUUAACUUAUGUUUUGAUUGUUUGAAAAAUAAAACCUAUUUGUGCCUGUUAAGAUUUUUGUGAUCUGAGAAGAAAAUCACUCUUUUUGCAAAGGAAAUUUGUUGAUAAAAUGUUUUUCAUUGUUGAGUUAUCAAGUUUGAAUCUAUUAGUUGAUAAACAAAUAUCAGUGUUUUAUUGUGAAGAAACAUAUAUUUUCCGAAUUAGUCAGACACAAACUCAUUGUAUCAAAAUGAGGAGAGGUUGUUUAUUUAUAUCCAUGUUUAAAAUGUUCAAGAAUAUUUACGUAAUACGUAGUUGGUUCUUUAAUAAAUGUAUAAAACAA